AGCCAGCAGAGCAGCAAGGCAAAGUCGCCGUUAAGGAUCAAUCAACAUACACAAAACCCCCCAAGUGUUUAUAGGAAGUAGCUUGAGCCAUGGCAAUGAGACUGAUUGCAUUGCUGGCCAUCGUUGGCAUUGGCCUGGUUGCCGGCGAGGGCUUGCGCCUGCCCGACCAGCAGUCGUCCAACAACAUACAGCAGAUUUAUGCGCCGCAGCCGCAACAACAACAGCAGCAACCACAACAGACGCUUCAAUUCCAACAGCAGCAGCAACAGCAGCAGCCACAGGGUGAGGAGCGCGGACGUUCGUCCAUUUUGAGCAUCUUUGGACUGGGCAAUGACAACGAUCCUUAUCUAUCUCGAACCAAUGGCAACUGCCUGGGCGGCGAUCUAUCCGAAUGCUUCAAAACCCAAGCGCUCAACACUUUCGAUGAGAUUUUCUACAGAGAUCAGUAUCGUCUAUCGGACUUUGCGCGUGUGGUGCGUCUGCCCGAGACUCAGCAGCGCUCGCUGCUGCAGGAAUCCUUUGAGUACUCAGAGGAGCCACGCGCCGAGGACGACGACUGGAAUCAGCUGGUGAAGUACGCGCUGCGUCGUGCCGAACGCUUUAUCAAGUCCACUGCGCUGGAGGUGGAGUACCCGGACGAGCUGACCGAGGCGGGUCGCUAUGAGGCGCGCUUCAUUGGCAACGACAUCGAUAGUGAACUGGAUGUAAUUGACAACCAGCGCGCUGGCCACUUCUCACGCAAGAAGCUUAAGAAGCUCAUCAUUCCACUGCUGCUGGUGCUGAAGAUAUUCAAGCUAAAGCUGCUGCUCUUCCUGCCUUUCAUUCUGGGCAUUGCCGGCCUGAAGAAGAUACUUGGCCUGGCUGCCAUCAUACUGCCGGGUCUGUUUGCCUACUUUAAGCUGUGCCGUCCGCCAGGCGGCGUAGGCGGUGCCUUUGGCGGUGGUCUGUCUGGUUUGUUUGGCAACAAGAACACGUUCCCCGCGUAUACCCCUCAGGGAGUUGGCGCUGCCACCUAUUAUCAUCAUCAUGAGCACUACGAGGGCGGCCAGGGCGGUCAUGGCGGCGGUGCGCCCUUCUAUCGUCAGGAGCCGAGCUUUGCCAAGCCCUACAGCGAUUACUACAAGAGUAAUCAGGCUCAGGGCCAGGUGGCUGGCAAUGCGAUAAGCUUUGGUGAUCCACAGGAGGCUGCCUACAAUGGCUACUACCAACGCAACAGCGGCAAGGAUAUUGCAGCUGAAACACAGCAGCAGCCCCAAGCAGCAGCAGCACAAAAGAAGAAGUAGAUGUUUUUUUUUUAUAAAGCGCAGGCGUUUGUUAUUUAUUAUGCUAGCCUGGCAGUUGCAUUCCUAUAAGCAUAUUUAUUACGCGUCAAUGUAAAUAAACGUUCUAUAUUAAGUUCAA